GGCAGAACUUGAUCUCUAUUCUAUGAACUAUACUAUACUUCGCCUAAAUUACUUUUGAAUUUUGACGCUUCGGCGAUACUCUAUUCGUCUCUGGAUGGUCGCGGCCACGAAAAAUAUCAAAAGAGGAAUCCAGAUUAAAGUUUAAACGUCAUUAUCGGCACUCGCUGUGUAAGUCAUCAUGCAUCUCCUUACAAGACUGUUUGGUCGACCAUCUAUUACAUGGAGGAGUUGGUUAAAUAUGAGGCACUCUGCUCACAUUGGGGCAUCAAAAAAGUAUAUUUCAGAUUUUCUACAGGUGCAUCCUAGUGUACAAUCAGCAUUGAAUAAAGAUGGAGCUUUAGUUGCAUUAGAAAGUACAAUCAUUACCCAUGGUAUGCCACAUCCACAUAACCUCAGGACAGCACAGGAAGUGGAGAAACUUGUGAUACAAACUGGUGCUACUCCAGCUACAAUAGCUGUAUUAGAUGGAAAGAUUUGUGUAGGCCUCACAGAUAGUCAGUUACAGCGUUUGGCUACAACUCAACAUGCUGUCAAGACAUCCAGGCGAGAUCUUGCAUGGGUAUUGAGUCAGAAAAUUUCUGGAGGAACAACUGUAUCUGGUACUAUGAUAGCAGCUCAUCUAGCUGGUAUUCCUAUUUUUGUGACCGGUGGUAUUGGAGGGGUUCAUCGAGGAGGUGAAACAAGUAUGGAUGUGAGUGCAGAUUUACAGGAGCUUGGACGUACACCUGUCACUGUCGUAUCCGCUGGCAUCAAAUCCAUUUUGGAUAUACCUCGCACCUUGGAAUAUCUGGAAACUCAAGGUGUAACAGUUGCAACGUAUGGAUCCUCAUUAGAGUUCCCAGCAUUCUUUACAAGACAUAGUGGAGUGAAGUCUCCCUGUAAUAUAGGGACAGCUCGAGAGGCUGCUGAACUUAUAGAUAUGAACCUUUCCCUUGGUCUUGGAAGUGGGAUAUUAAUUGGAGUACCUAUACCAAAGGAAUAUGCUGCUGAUGGUGAAAUGAUAGAGGAUGCCAUACAAACAGCCUUGUCAGAAGCUAAUGAUGAAGGAAUCGGAGGGAAAGAAGUAACUCCAUUUAUCUUGAGCAGAGUCAAUGCAUUAACACAAGGAAAAUCCCUUGAAGCCAAUAUUGCUCUUGUAAAAAACAAUGCAAAAGUUGGAAGCAAGAUAGCACUUGAGUUGGCUGCCAUCAGAAGAAAAUGCACAGGGAACCGGUUGUCGUCUAACAUUCCACACGUUACCAAGAGAGAUUAUUCUACUUAUGCUGUCAGACACAGGAGUAGAAGAAAUGUCAGGAGACUUCUUUGUACAUCAUCUGCUAGUCCUCCUGUAGUAAUAGGAGCUAGUAUUGUGGACCAUACAGCUUCAUGUCAUGGAGGAGAGCUUGUGUAUGGAGGACAGACAAAUCGUGGUUCAUUCAGGAUUGGGUAUGGAGGAGUAGGAAGAAAUCUUGCAGAUGCCUUGACAAGACUAGGAGCCUCACCUAUUUUCCUCUCUGCCAUUGGAAAUGACUUUGCUGGCCAAGCUCUCCGCAAUAACUGCAGUCAUAUGGAUUUCAGUCGUGUUUCACUACGAGACGAUGUGAAUACAGCAAGCUACUGUGUGGUGCUGGAUAAAACAGGAGAAGUGGUACUAGGAAUAGGCGAUAUGAAUAUCAAUGACACUAUUACACCUGAGUAUAUAUCCCAGCAUGCAUCUGUAAUCCAGGAAGCUCCUAUAGUUUGCAUGGAUGGUAACAUUCCCAAUGAAACCAUUGAAUUCAUCUCCAGUUUAUGUGCUGAUAGCAGGGUUCCAUUAUGGUUUGAGCCAACCUGUGUAAUGAAAGCGAUGAAAGUUUGCCAGUCUGAUACCUGGAAGUCUCUUACAUACACCUCACCAAACUUCAAGGAACUUAGACAAAUGUAUGCUGCAAUAGAAGGAGAAGAAACUAUCAACUUUCAAGAUGAUCAGUCAUUCACAGAUAAAGUGAGAGAAUGUCUCCAGCUUAGUAGAGUCUUGUUACGUCACAUCUAUUGUUUGUUCAUAACGUUAGGAGAGGAUGGUAUCUUGAUAUGUCGGAAUGCUGAACCUGAUCAGCACUUUGUCAUCUCAAAACAAGGUUUACAGGACAUUGAGAUAGAUGGUAUGUUUUCAGCUAUGCACUACACAGUCUCAUCUGAUAUCGGUCAAAUCACCUCAGUAUCAGGAGCAGGCGAUUGCCUUGCAGCAUCUUCUAUUGCCAACAUGUUGAGAGGCAAUGACCCUGAUGUCUGUCUCAGAGCAGGACUUCUCGCUGCGCAACACUCUCUUCAAUCCCAUCAUGCAGUGCCUCCAUCUAUCACCUCAGAACUUUUAUCACCUGACUUUGUAUUGGAUCAUGUGACAGUGGAUCCCAGCAGACUGCAAUGAGUUGAUAAUGGUGUCAUGUGUGUAGUCACAUGAUCUUUAAUGUGAACAGAGUCUACUGAGUAUGAUGCAUCACCUUUAUACUACCAGUAUUACCUUUGAUGAAUUGAGUGACCAAACAACUGACUUCUGUCUGGAUGAUGUUUCUUUAUGGAUGGAUUAGAGUUGUUUUUGGUUUUCUUGCUUCAUGUCACAUCAUAAAUUGCUAUACAUGUGCUAAGAAACUGAUUUUUCCCAAUGUAUUGAAUGGUGCAUAUUUCAUGAAACAAAUAUUAAGUGAUAUUCACUGACAACUGUUAUAAGCUACUGAAACCAUUGCAUCUGAUUGGCUCAGAACAAAUUAUUCAGUGAGAAUAACUGAUUAUUGCUUCAAGAAACACUGUCCUGGAUGGACUAAGAAUCAUGUGACUGACAUACAUGUAGUUGAAGCUAGUCAAUUUGUAAAUGUGAAAAUCUUGAGCUCACUUCCUGAAAACCAUGUCAUUGAAGUUGAUCUGACUUCAGCAAACAAUACCUUUUUGGUUGUAGGCAAGUUGCUUUAUUUGAAUGAUAACAACAUUCUCAGGAUCUAAAAAAUAUGGAGUCGUUCUUGUCUUGAAACAAUACUUAAAAAUUCCUAGAUUAUGUGAAUAAAAUAAAGUAUAACUCGAAUUCUGUAAAAUGCUAGUCAAAGAGGGUUGGCAUAUUCCAGGUGCUAAGGCAGUGCUUCACACAAAAGAAUAUCAGAGUGAUUUAAAAUUCAAGUGACCUAUUUCCCUGCAUGGCUAUGGAAGAGCAAGGAUAAAGAAGGCAUAUAUCUUUUGAGGUGAAUACAGCAAAGCGAAGAAAAAAGGGUAUUAAAAGUGAACCAAUCAAAUAUCAUAAGCAUCCAUGAUGGAUCAGCAGUUAUAUUCAAACAAAAAUCAUUCAUAUCAGUUACAUUCAAACAAUAAUCACUCUGAUUAGUUAGAUUCAAACAAUAAUCAUUCUGAUCAGAUACAUUCAAAUAAAAAUCAUUCAGAUCAGUUACAUUCAAACAAUAAUCAUUCAGAUAAGUUACAUUCAAACAAUAAUCAUUCAGAUUAGUUACAUUCAAACAAUAAUCAUUCUGAUCAGAUACAUUCAAACAAUCAUUCAGAUAAUAUAUAUUCAAACAAUAAUUCAAAUCAGUUACUUUCAAACAAUAAUUAUGAUCAGUUACAUUCAAACAAUAAUUAUUCAUAUCAGUUACAUUCAAACAAUGAUCAUUCAGAUCAGUUACAUUCAAACAAUAAUCAUUCAUAUCAGUUACAUUCAAACAAUAAUUAUGAUCAGUUACAUUCAAACAAUAAUUAUUCAUAUCAGUUACAUUCAAACAAUAAUCAUUCAGAUCAGUUACAUUCAAACAAUAAUCAUUCAAAUCAGUUACUUUCAAACAAUAAUUAUGAUCAGUUACAUUCAAACAAUAAUUAUUCAUAUCAGUUACAUUCAAACAAUGAUCAUUCAGAUCAGUUACAUUCAAACAAUAAUCAUUCAUAUCAGUUACAUUCAAACAAUAAUCAUUCAGACUUCAUAAUCAAUAUAUCUUUCAUCCAUCGAGCUAGUGUAGAAGAAGUCUCACAUUUAUAGGAAUUUCUGUGGAGAUGAAAAGUCUGUACUCAUCAAUCCUGAAAGGGUAGUCUGCUUUACAUACUCAAGUAGAGAUGAUAUAACACAAAUUCUAUCAUGUGGAAAUGAAUUCGACUUACCAGUCUGGUUAUAGGCAUUGUUUUGGAACAUAGCCCUUGAUAUCUUGGGUUAAAGAAAGUUCUUGCGGACUCUCCGUCCCAUACUCAGGAGGCCAGUCAAAGUCGAGCAGUCAACUACAAGACGCUUGAGUAAUUCAAGGUCUAAAUCCAUUUUACCUUUAGCUAUUUCUUGGAGAUGUGUGAUUAUGUGCACAUAUGGCAAUAAACCGUUAAACACACUCCAUUGUAGUUUUGGGGCUUUGAGAAUUCUAAGCUCUUGAUAUUUUUUUUAGGGGGGUGGGGGAGAUUGCCACACCUCUCACUCAAUUUUGGGCACAGUGGCAUAAGCAGCAGCAUUAGAAAGGGGACUGUAUUUCUCCAUACUUUUGGAAAGGGUCUCUUUCUGGGGAAGAAGGGUCACCUGCCUUGUAGAGUUGCAUAGCCAGACCAUCUGAGAUGGGUGACAAAUUGCUCUAUUCAUCAUAAAUAUUACUGAACUUCACAUAGUCCAGUAAUGCACUCCCCCCUACGGGCGGGGAGGAAAUAAAUGAUGCUAAAGGAUCAUAAUAAUUAUCAUCAUAAUAAUCAGCCCCUCCAAAAUUUCACUCUGAUAAUCAGCGAAUAAGCUGACGAUUUCAUUGAUGCAUGCAUCUGAAGCCCCGGUUACAACCGUAGGUGUUGCCAUUGUGUUCCCUCGCACGACAGGGAGGUUGGCUAGCACGAGUAGCACUAGUUGUAAAGUGAGACACUGUCUCUGUCAGCCGCCUCUGCCUGAGUUUUUUCCUGCUUGGUAGAAAUCUCUGAUUGAGACAUUCUGCAUUGAGCACUGCCGACACACACUGAAAAAUAAAUGCCUAAGCCAUAUGGGGAAAUAGCUUAUUUGAAUUUUAAAUCACUUGGAAAUUCUCUUUUGUGAAGCACCGCCUUAGUACCUGAAAUAUUCUAACCCCCUGAAGAAUUAUAUGAAAUAUUAUACAAUUUAUAUUUGAAUCCCUUAUAAUUCUGUCAUUUGAUUUAAUUUCUGACACAAGCCCAAGUAAUUUUCCAAGACAAUCAUACCUCAGAAUGUUUACAUGAAAAACUUAGAAGAAACUUAGAAGUAUUUUGAAAUACUGUAAUAAUGAUAUAUAAAUAUUAUACCGGUAAUAGAAUUGUUGGAUAAGCAAACUUUGUGAGCCAGUGUCCCAAAUACAAAAAAGAUAGAAUGGGUGAUUUCAAGUACGGUGUUGAAAUCUGGUGCUGGUGUUGUGACAACACCAGCACCAGCCACAACACCGUACUUGAAAUCAGGCUGGUGUUGGGAUUGACCUUGGAAAAUAUGACGUAUUUCCGGCAGUUCGUAUUGAAGGCUGGUGUUGAAUGUCAUCUGCUGAACCCAGCACUGCGGCUGGUGUUGACGAUCUACAUGCAAUUUCCCCAUUCAGCAACACCAACCCCCAGGGAUUGGUAAAAUCGUGAUUUCAAGUUCGGUUUUGGUGUUGAUGAACUGUAAGCUCACGAACAGGCGGCAAACACGAUGAAACAUCCCCGUAAAAUUAUCUUUUACAGUUAAGAUUAGUGCAAAUAAUUAGAGCUUUAUACAUUUUAAUGAAAAAUAAUAUUUACGCUUUCUGAUUCUUGCAGUGAUUUUAACCUUGCAUUUUGCACGAUAGGAUUUUAUUGCAAUUUCUCCCCGAUUUCACUUUCGUCGUCGAGAAUUUCUUGCGUAAAGUUGAGAUGAUCAGCAGAGACGUGAUGUCAUAGGCAAUUGAUAACGCGAUCAGUAUCGCUCCUCUGAACCCAGCUCGGUGUUGGAGCUCGGUUCAGCAGCCUUUUCACGCUCUCAACACCAAACACCGUACUUGAAAUCACCCAAUAUAUUGAUAAUUGAUAGUGGUAGAAGUAGGAAGCAAUGAAAGGCAAAGAGCACUCUGUUCCUUAAAUUAAAGCUAGUGCAUUCCUUUUCUACCAAAACGUCUGCAAAACAUAAUCACAUUUUAUACAGGGUUUUCUGUGUAUCGAAAUCUCUUAUUAAAAACUGAUUUUGAAAUCUUUUUUGGUUUUAGGUCAAGCUGCUGCUUCUGUACUCUGCAUUCAAGAAAUUAUUUGAGAUGUAUCACCAAUUUCACAUGAUGAAAUUUUGUACAAGUACUUUGAAUCUUUGAUUCCACAAUUGAUUGACUUAGUAUUAAUACAAUAUACUUUUUAUGCAAAUAACAUAAUGUUAUGGUAAAUUUCCAUCUUUCGAUGAAAGCCAUAUUUUAUUUGAUAGUAAUAGUAACUAAAAUGAUAAUUAUAAUGCAUCUUAUACAGUGCCGAAUCCUCUCUAUAUAGCAUUUGAGAUGCUUGCUUCCAUGUAAGUAUUCAAUUUGGUAUUCACUCUAUGUAUACUUUCAUCAUUAUUAUUACAUGUAUUAUAAUGCAACUUAUACAGUGCCGAAUCCUCUCUGUAUAGCAUUUAAGAAGCUUGCCUCCAUGUAAGUAUUCAAUUUGGUAUUUACUCUAUGUAUACUUUCAUCAUUAUUAUUACAUGUUCAAACUUUAAAGUAUUUAUUUCCUAGGCUAAUUUCUUGGUGCUGUUUUAGGUGAGAUGUUUUAUAUAGUUAGGUUUUAUAUUGGUGGGAAACAACCGUCAUUGUGUUUGGUUUAUCAAGACAGCACCUAACAAGCUGCGAAAAAGCUAUGAAUCCAGUGACCGGGUAAUAAUAAUUAUGAAGUGCUUUGAGCAGUCGUAGAUUGAUAAAGCGGUAUAUAAAAAGCCAAUCAUUAUCAUUAUUAUAUAAAAUAUACUUGACCAGGUGCAUAAAAGAAACCAAUUUCAUUUUUAACCUGUUACUAGUCUUAUGCUUGAAUGAGCUUAAUUGCUUGUGGUUCUAGUUUAAGCAAAUCUUGCAUGUAGUUACUCUUUUGUAUGCAUCCAGUCCAGUGAUUUUCCCAAAGUGCAUGAAUUAUGAAAUCAUUUUUUUACCAGAGUUCAAAACAGUGUGUGUAUUUUUUAUUGUAGUAUUAGAAAUGUAUCGCCAAUACCAUUCCAAAUUAUUUUCCUAAUAAAGUAUGUGAAUUAUGGAA